CCUCAUCAGCAAAUGGAAAAGUCAGAUUAUAUUAUCCAAAAGCUAAAGAAAAUCUUAUUGGUAACAUGCAGAAUGAGUGAAAGCAACACCCUUCAAUUAUUGACGUCUCCUUUUCAGAAUUCUGUCAUAUCUGCCCUCACAAUAUCAUUUAAAUAAUACAUAUAUAAGAAAUAGUACUAUAGAGUGUAGUAUAAUACAUAUGACUCCGAUAGGUAAGAAGAUAGGCCAUGUUCCUUCCUAGCAGCCUGCAAGAUCAGAUUUAGUGAGAAGAACCAGAAUUUUAUACAAACUGAUACUCAAUAUGUUCAUUUCACUUAUACACUAGCCGCCUAUUUUUAUUACUUUUCUACCCUUUUUAACACAUUUCAGUCACCCCUUUACUAAGCUUAUCUUUAUUAUUGCAACAACCAUACGCUGCUUGCAUUAUCUUAAAAAGUCACUUGAAUUUGUGGCUUCUCAGGGAGGUGUGGUGUGUAGUCAACACAAGGAUCUAGAAUGGGGUUACUUCAUUUUCUCUUACUUUCAUGGUUUCUUUCUGUUCAUUUGCUGUGUUUCUUAGCUAUAGCACAAAGAUCCACUUACAUUGUCCAUUUAGACAAAACUUUGAUGCCUAGUGUCUUUGCUGAUCACCAUCACUGGCAUUCUUCCACUAUUGAUUCCAUCAAAGCUUCUGUUCCUUCAUCUGUGGACAGAUUUCACUCUGCUCCAAAACUUGUUUACUCUUAUGACAAUGUGUUUCAUGGUUUCAGUGCUGUUUUGUCCAAAGAUGAACUGGCAGCUUUGAAGAAGUCACCAGGUUUCAUUUCAGCUUACAAAGACAAAACAGUGGAACCUCACACUACCCACACACCUGAUUUCCUCAAACUCAAUCCUUCAUCUGGUCUAUGGCCAGCUUCCGGAUUAGGCCAAGAUGUGAUUAUUGGAGUUCUUGAUACUGGCAUCUGGCCUGAAUCUGCUAGUUUUCGGGAUGAUGGUAUGCCUGCAACCCCCAAAAGGUGGAAGGGAAUUUGCAAGCCAGGCACACAGUUUAACACUUCAAUGUGCAACAGAAAACUCAUUGGGGCUAAUUACUUCAAUAAGGGAAUUUUGGCUAACGAUCCUACUGUGAAUAUUUCCAUGAAUUCUGCCAGGGAUACUGGUGGUCAUGGCACACAUUGCGCCUCCACAGCUGCUGGGAACUUUGCGAAAGGUGUUUCCCAUUUUGGAUAUGCACCAGGAACAGCAAGAGGAGUUGCACCACGAGCUAGGCUAGCUGUGUACAAGUUUAGCUUUAAUGAAGGAACCUUUACUUCAGAUUUAAUUGCUGCUAUGGACCAGGCUGUUGCAGAUGGUGUUGAUAUGAUAUCCAUUUCUUUUGGGUACCGUUUCAUUCCUUUGUAUGAAGAUGCUAUAUCAAUUGCCGCUUUUGGAGCUAUGAUGAAGGGAGUACUAGUUUCAGCUUCAGCUGGAAAUCGAGGUCCAAGCGUGGGAAGUUUAGGCAAUGGAUCUCCAUGGAUCUUGUGCGUGGCAUCAGGCUACACCGACCGGACAUUUGCCGGAACUUUGACUUUGGGCAAUGGGUUAAAAAUUAGGGGUUGGAGCUUGUUUCCUGCAAGAGCCUUUGUCAGGGAUUCACCCGUUAUUUACAACAAGACUCUAGCUACUUGUGAUUCAGAUGAAUUAUCUCAAGUUCCUGAUCCCGAACGCACCAUUAUCAUCUGUGAUUAUAAUCCAGAUGACAAUGGUAUUGGUUUCUCUAGUCAAAUUUCGAGGAUCAAUCAAGCAAGACUUAAAGCAGGCAUUUUUAUUUCUGAGGAUCCAGCAGUGUUCAGGUCGUCUUCUUUUUCCUACCCGGGAGUUGUGAUUGACAAAAAAGAAGGGAAAGAAGUCAUUAAUUAUGUUAUAAGUAGUAUUUCUCCUACGGCCACCAUAACGUUCCAAGAAACGUAUGUGGAUGGAAAAAGGCCAGCCCCAGUUCUUGCAGGAAACUCAGCACGAGGGCCUUCCAGAAGCUACUUGGGAAUCUCAAAGCCAGAUAUUAUGGCACCAGGCGUACUUAUUCUUGCAGCUAUUCCACCUAAUAUCUUUUCAGAAAGUAUUCAGAACAUAGAAUUAUCCUCUGAUUAUGAACUUAAAUCAGGCACAUCCAUGGCUGCUCCUCAUGCAGCUGGAAUUGCAGCAAUGCUAAAAGGUGCACAUCCUGAAUGGAGUCCUUCAGCUAUUCGCUCUGCCAUGAUGACCACAGCAAAUCAUUUGGAUAGUACUCAAAAGCCUAUUAGAGAGGACGAUAACAUGGUUGCCACGCCCCUAGACAUGGGAGCAGGGCAUGUUGACCCGAACAAAGCUCUUGAUCCCGGCCUAGUAUACGAUGCUACUCCACAAGAUUAUGUAAAUCUUAUAUGCUCUAUGAAUUUCACAGAAGAGCAGUUCAAAACAUUCGCAAGAUCGUCAGCAAAUUACGACAACUGCUCAAAUCCAUCAGCUGAUCUCAACUACCCAUCAUUCAUUGCCUUGUACCCAUUCAGCCUCGAGGGAAACUUCACUUGGUUGGAGCAGAAAUUCAGGAGGACCCUUACAAACGUUGGUGAAGGUAGAGCAACUUAUAAAGUGAAGAUAGAAACUCCCAAGAAUUCGACAGUUACGGUGUCUCCACAAACUCUGGUGUUCAAGGGGAAAAAUGAUAAGCAAAGCUAUACUAUGACAAUUCGCUAUAGGGGUGAUAGCGAUCAGAGUAGAAACGUUGGGUCGAUAACUUGGGUUGAAGAAAAUGGUAAGCACUCAGUUAGGAGUCCUAUCGUUACAUCUACCAUUAUUGAGGUCUGGGGUAGUGAGUGAUGACUAGGGCCAUCAGAUUUGCGCUGUAAGUACAAAAUAUAAGACAAAGGGGACUUAGAGGGAAAUUAUAUACUUCCUCCAUCCACUUGUGUCACAUUUUAGUUCUCAAGAGUCGAACUGCAUGGACGUUGACCAAUAUUUUAAGAUGUAGUUUCCUAUCAUAUUAAUACGAGAAGCAUUGUAACUUAA